AUGUCUUUUCGUGGUAGAGGCGGUGGAGGUGGAAGAGGCUUUGGAGGUCGCGGCGGUGGUGGAGGCCGAGGCGGUGGCGGAUUUCGCGGUCGCGGAGGCGGUUUCGGCGGCGGCAACAGGUACCAGGAUGCGGGACCACCUGAAUCAGUCAUCCCUUUGGGUCAUUACGGGUGGACAGUACAAGAUGAUUUGGUGUGCAAAGUGGACAUUGAGGACGUUCCGUACUUCAACGCCCCGAUUUUUCUCGAAAACAAGGAGCAGAUAGGUAAAAUAGACGAGAUAUUCGGUAACCUGCGAGAUUACUAUGUGUCUGUAAAGUUAGGAGAAAACAUAAAAGCCAAGAGCUUUAAGGAGGGCCAGCAGUUUUUUAUUGACCCUGCAAAAUUGUUGCCACUGAAGCGGUUCCUACCACAACCGCCUGGUGCCAAGCGGGGAGGAGGUCGUGGUGGUAGAGGAGGCCGAGGUGGCGGCGGAGGCGGAUUUGGUCGGGGAGGUGGCGGCGGUUUCGGUCGCGGAGGCGGCGGGGGCAGAGGAGGUGGUUUCAAUCGUGGAGGAGGGGGAGGGUUUAACAGAGGAGGUGGAGGAUUUAAUAGAGGAGGUGGUGGCCGUGGCGGAGGAGGUUUUGGAGGUAGGGGAGGUGGUUUCAGAGGUGGACGUGGAGGAAGAUAG